UCUCUUCGAUCUUGUUUUUAUAACUCUAGUUUAGUUUAGCUUGAGUUAGCUUCUGUUUACAUUGAUGCAUGGCUUAAAUGUGACUGUCAUUUCAUGUUUAAAAAGUGUCCCAAACAGUUCCUUGAAUGGAAAUAUCAAAUCGGCAGCUGAUCCCUCUCUUUUCUUGUUCUCUAUUCUGUUCCCAAGCAUCUGCUUUGUUCUAAACAGAAACCAGUCAAGCACAAGCUAUAUUUCUUUGUCUAUUAUCAUAUUAACUGCUUCCAAAAAUGUCUACUUGAGAUAGAUUUGAAUGCGAAUAAUAUAGUAUGUCCAAGCUUGUGUUCGAACAUCGCAUGUCCUGUCUGUUUUAUGGCUAGGAUUCAUGUUGAAUUGGAGAAAAUUGGAUAUUUCAGACAGAACCAUGUUGGCUGCUCGAUCAAAAGUAUGGUGGUUGAUAUUUACAGCUAUAACGAUGAUUGGAUUCUUUGUCGUGGUAUCUGCGCUUGUUGCAGCAGAACCAAGUUCGAGUCCUAAUCAAGCUCCGGAGAACAACUAUGUUAGGAAAGCAUUCAAGUUCUUAGAGCUUAACAAUAGACAACGUUAUGAACAUCAAUGGCCAGACAUGAGAUUUUGCUGGCAAAUUGUGGUGGGUUCAGUACUUGGAUUCCUUGGGGCUGCAUUUGGGAGUGUUGGAGGUGUUGGUGGAGGAGGUAUUUUUGUUCCCAUGCUUGCCUUAAUUAUUGGGUUCGAUCCCAAAUCAUCAACAGCAAUCUCUAAAUGUAUGAUUACCGGUGCAGCAGCUGCAACAGUGUGCUACAAUAUAAGGCAAAGGCAUCCUACACUUGAAUUGCCUCUUAUUGACUAUGAUUUGGCCCUUCUAUUUCAACCAAUGUUGGUUUUAGGAAUUAGUAUUGGGGUUGGCUUCAAUGUGAUCUUUGCUGAUUGGAUGAUCACAGUUUUGCUAAUUAUUGUCUUCAUAGCUAUGUCAACUAAGUCAUUCCUCAAAGGUAUUCAAACAUGGAAAAAGGAAACAAUAAAGAAACAGGAAACUGCAAGGCAUCUAGAAUUAAAUGGUGAGUUAACCCAACAUGAAGUUACCACAGAAAGCAAAGAAGGAAAACCCAAGGUGUCUCUUAUUGAGAACAUAUGCUGGAAAGAACUUGGACUUCUCGUUGUUGUUUGGAUUUUAAUCCUUGCUUUACAGAUUGCAAAGAAUUAUUCAACAACCUGUUCAGUAGAAUACUGGGUAUUGAAUUUCUUACAGAUCCCAGUGACAGUGGGUGUAUCAUCAUAUGAAGCAGUGUUCCUUUACAAAGGGCGGAGAAAAAUAGCAUCCAAAGGGGAUGCAGUGGCUAACUGGCGAGUUCACAAGCUUGUGAUUUAUUGUGGAUUUGGUGUUUUGGCUGGUGUACUUGGUGGGAUGCUUGGUCUUGGAGGUGGCUUCAUCUUGGGUCCUCUUUUUCUUGAGAUGGGAAUCCCCCCUCAGGUAUCAAGUGCAACAGCCACUUUCGCAAUGCUAUUUUCAGCGUCAAUGUCGGUGGUUGAGUAUUAUCUUCUGAAAAGAUUUCCAAUUCCUUAUGCUCUUUACCUUGCUGGGGUGGCCACAAUUGCUGCAUUUGUUGGGCAACAUGUCGUGGGAAAAGUCAUCAAAAUACUGGGGAGAUCAUCCAUAAUCAUCUUCAUUCUUGCUGGGAUGAUCUUCGGCAGUGCCAUUUCAUUAGGUGGGUUAGGCAUUGCAAAAAUGAUCAAAAGGAUUGAAAGAAAGGAGUAUAUGGGAUUUGAAGACAUUUGCUCGUAUCGGCCUUAGUAGCAAAAUCUGAAUAUUAUUCAAUACCAGAGGCGAAUUGAAUUACAAGUCUCCUUCCCUUAAUUCUUAAGAUACAAGACAAUUCAUGGCACCCAUAAGUUGUGUUUCAGAUUUGGGUUACAAAGUCAAAGAGGACUAGCCUCAGCAUCCAUUUCCUUUUCUAUUUUUAUUUCUGACUAAUUUCCAUUUUUUCCCCUUAAUUGUUAUUAUCGGUAUUAUUUAUGAUUACUUAUUGAAAAAAAUUUUAUCA